GCCUCAAGUCCGGAAAUUCCAAUCAUCCAUCUCAUCAACCUCACCAACAUCUUCUCCUCGCCUUUUCCUUUUGUCAUCUUUUUCCUUUUGUCUUCUUUUCCUUUGUCGGUUCUUUUUUUCUUCUUAUUUUUUUUCUCUCCCUUUGUCAUCUAUCAAUCACGACCCACCAACCACCCAUCACCAACCGCCUACCAUCAGCAAAAAUGAAGACCUUUUCCUUCAUCAGCGCCGUCCUCCUGCUCGCCGCGGCACCCACCGCGAUGGCGACGCCCGCCGCUGGCCUCGAGGACGCGUCGCCGCUGCUCGAGGUUCGGUGGAUGAGCCCCAAGAACAAGUGCACGCCCACCAAAACUAGCACCUGCAUAACGGGCUUCAAGAGGGACAUCGAAGCCCUCAGCGUCGGGGGGCCCCAGGUGCUCCAGACCCGGGCGAUAGGGAUCAAGUGCACGCCCAGGAAGGGCUACAGCUGCCUGAUGAGGAAGGACGAGGGCCCCCAGGUGCUCGAGGCCCAGGUGAUGAGGCGGGGCAACACCUGCAGUCCCAGCAGCGAGACCGUCUGCGUGGCGACGAGGGACCUCCAGGGGCUCGUGGUCGGCGGGCGCGCCGUCCUCGAGAUGCGCGGCGUCAAGUCGCCCUCGUUCGGCGAGAGGGCGAAGUGGACCUGCAGGCCCACCGAGAACACGUCCUGCCUGCACAAGAAGGACCUCGAGGCGCUCGCGGCCGGCGGGCGCGCCGUCCUCUAGACGCGCCGCGUCAAGCCGCCCUCGGACAACCUAUUCAUGAAGAGCAAUUUGAUGAGGAUGAACUGAAAGCCCACCAAGGACAGGGCCUGCCUAGACUAGAAGGACCUCGAUGGACCCCGUCGUCGAGACGCGCGACUUGGGGCGUCUUCUUUUCUUCUUCUCUUCUUUGCUUUUUAUCUUUCGUUCUGCUUUUUCAUCGUUCUUCCUAUUUCCUCUCCCCGACCAACAUUUCUAUUUUGUCUUUUUCGAUUUGGCCUUUUUGCUUUCUUGUUUUUUCUCUAUUUUACUUUGCUUCCAUUUUUGCUCCUUUUCGACCACACAUCAUUUCCGCAUAGCCUUGGGCUCGUUUUGUUUGUCAUUUUCUACUCCUUCGCCUUUGGGCUCUCAACAAUUGUGUUAGCCCAAUGUUUGCCUUGAUCUCAUGUAUUUCGAGUGCGGCCUUGGGUCGCUGUCGUUUGGGGCGGUAGAACUUGGAUAUGUUCAACAAGACUUCAAUGCCAUGACCUUUUGGGGACACCCGGUUCGAUUACAGUGGUGCCGAUACGUGGGCUCCGCGAGAUUGCAUUUGCUUCCCCAGACUAGAGAAUGUCGCAUGUCUUCA